AUGAGUAGUGAAGAUUCAAUACAACAAGAAGAUGUACAAGAAACUAAAUUAAUAAUGAUCGGAAAUACAGGUGAUGGUAAAAGUUCACUUGGUAAUUUUAUUUUGAAGAAGAAUGCUUUUAAAGUAAGUGACGGCGCUAAAUCAGUAACACAAAAAACUAAAGGGUGUUAUGGAAAAGGAGAUAGGAGUGAUGUAUUUGUUAUUGACACACCUGGUCUUCAAGAUUCUAGUGGUCCAAACAAAGACAUCCAACAUAUGAAUGAAAUGGUAGAUUAUAUUAAAGAACAAAAAGGACUACAAGGAAUUAUUAUUGUUCUAAAUUUUACUAAUCCCAGAUUAUCAGAUAACAUUAAAAAAAUGAUCAGACUGAUAUGUAAAAUUUUCCCAAUAUCUGAUUUUUGGGAACACGUCAGUAUUGUAUGGGCUAAAUGUUUUUGUGACAUUUCACCAAAGAAAUUAGAAAAACAAAUGAGCUCCAAGAAAGACGAAUUUCUUCCCGCAUUAAUAAAACUAGCUAAAGAAACAACAGGAGAUGAGCUAAUUAAAAUACCAAUGUUUUAUGUAGAUUCAUGUCCAGAUGAAGACGAUGAUAACACAAGAUCAGAAGAAGAAAUUGAAACGCUUUUAACAUGGGCAAGAGGUUUACCAUCAGUUAAUGUUGAGAGAGUAGUCAAAAAUGGUAUACGAAGUGAAAAAGUUAUUAUCGAAGAGAAAAAUGAACCUCGUAUUAUUAGAAAUGAUGGAAACAUUGUAGAAUAUCAAAUUGACUAUAUGAGAAGAGAGAAAAGAAUAGGGUACGACGGCGAAAUAAGUUACAGUGAAUGGGAAAUUAUAAAAACCAAACACAAAAUUAAACCAAUUCCACCAAACAGUGUAAUAAAACCAAGAAGAAGCGCUUUCUUGGAUCUACUUGAAAAUGUCGGUGGUGCAAUAUUUGAACUUCUUAUGGAUGGGUUUGGGGUUAACAAGAUUCUUGGAAUAAGCGAAGACAUAUCAGAAGAAGAGUAA